GACUGACAAAUUGAAAGUAGAGGACAUACGGCGUAGAUUCUGAAGAACAGUAAAUAUUUGUAAAAUUAAGGAUGUCGGGGCACGGUCAUAGUCAUGGCAGCGGGGGAUGUGGUGGGAAUCAUAAUUGUGAUGAUCACUUGACAGAAGAUCAAUUGGCUGAUGCGUACAGUUUAUAUACUAAAAUAAACAUGGAAGCUGUCCAGUGUCUGAAUACAGAAAAUUCACCCAAGUCUGUCUUCAAACCCUGGGAUCAGAGACUCGACAAAGAGAGGUUUGUAGAAAGUGAUGCUGAUCCAGAAUUGCUGUUCAAAAUCCCAUUUACAGGAAAUGUGAAAUUAAAAGGCAUCAUAGUAAUUGGAGAACAAGGGGAAAACCAUCCUAGCAAAAUGAGACUGUUCAAAAAUGCCCCGGAAAUGACCUUCGAUGAUGUAGGUCGUAAGGCAGACCAAGAAUUUGAGCUGACCCCUGACCCAGAAGGCACUCUACAGUAUGGUGUCAUAGCAGCAAGGUUCAAUAGUGUAGAUACACUUACCAUCCAUUUUCCAUCCAGUUUUGGAGGUGAAAACACGAAGAUAUACUACAUUGGACUGAAGGGGGACUUUCAAGAGGCCCGUCGACAAGAGGUUGUUAUAGCAACGUACGAAGCUAGACCAAUGCCAGAAGAUCAUAAAGCUGAUGACUUUGAAAACUUUCAUCACCCAAUCAGUUAAACUUCAUCCCUCAGUCAUCGGAUUGCGUGCCAUUGGUUAUAGACAUGUCAUCUCUAGCUUUGUAAUGAUUUCUACACUUUUUGUACAUUUUUUUCUAAAAUUUUUUUGUACCUCUUGUGAUAAUAGAUAGAAAGGACAAGGUAAUGCAAUAAUGUCUCAGGACAUAUAUCAGUGAUGGUUAUCAAUAAAGUACAUGUAUGUCA